UCUGUAUCCCGUAGGCUGCACUUAUUGCGUUGUAGUGAGGUUUAUACACCUUAGUAAUUGGUCUAGAAGCCUCUCCUGAUGAGUCGUUCCGCGGAAGAAGUGGAGGCUACUCUCCAGAUUGCUAAAGUGGAUCUAGAAGACCUGCGUAACACAGUUCAUUGCCUCACUUUCAGCAGUGACUUCACCUCCGGAGAUUACAGCCUAAUGGAGCUGGAUGAUACACUCUGCAAGCAAAUUGAAGCUGGAGACAGUCUUGUGAUUCGGGGUGACAAAAGUGAUCAUGCUGUACUGUGUAGCCAGGACAAAACAUAUGAUCUGAAAAUUGCUGAUACUUCCAACUUACUCCUGUUUAUCCCCGGCUGCAAAACCCCAGACCAGCUCCCUGCUGACCAGCAGCCACUCACUAUAAUUAACUGUGAGAUUGCUGGGUUCUCUAAUCACUACUGGGAACUGAGAAGGUGCCGGCCCAAACUCAAGAAGCUAAAGAAACUUCUAAUGGAAAAUACUUACAAUGGACCUGAAAAUGAGAGAGAAAGCCAAGAUAACUCCCUGCACACAACAGAGGACCUUCUUAAUAUGAUUCAAGCAAGCAAUGAAGAACUUGUGGACCACCUAAAAGCAAUCCAUGCAUGCAGUAUUAACGGUUUCUGGAGGCUUCUUGAUUUUGACUAUGAAAUGAAGCUUUUGAAUCACAUUACUCAACUGAUUGAUUCCGAGUCCUGGUCCUUCAGCAAAGUUCCUCUGCCAGUGUGCCUUCAGGAACUGCGGUCUCUGGAACCAGAGGAAAUGAUCGAGCACUGUCUGACUUGCUACGGGAAAAGAUUGAUUGAUGAGGGUACAGGAGGAGACUUUUUUGCUCUAGACGAGGACAAGAUCUGCAGAGCCACAGCCCUUAUGCUUCUACAGAAUGCAGUGAAGUUUAAUUUGGCAGAGUUUCAGGAAGUGUGGCAGCAAAGUGUUCCUGAGGGAAUGAACACAAGGUUGGACCAGCUAAAGGGCUUAGCCUUGGUGGACCGAACAUCUAGGCCCGAGACCAUCUUUUUACUGAAAACUGAGGAUUUGCCUGAAGAUACCCAGGAGAGAUUCAAUACUUUAUUUGGAAUGCGAGAAAAAUGGGCAGAAGCAGAUAUUGCUCCAUAUAUCAAGGAUCUGUGCGGAGAGAAGCAAACCAUCGGAGCGCUACUCACGAAAUACGCACGGUCGUCUAUGCAAAACGGAAUUAAGCUCUAUAAUUCUCGGCGCCCCCUUUCCUAAUUGAAUGUUGUACAGAAUUUGUGUCCAUAGUUUUUAUAUAUAAAGUAUGUAACUGUUUA